AUGGCUGCUCUAGUUAUUAUCCCUUGGCUAUUCCUAGACUCCUUCUCUCCAAAGACUCCCUCAUGCACCUCUAACUCCAAAGUUUCCACCACCUCGAAGAAAUCCUUUAUUGAAGCAGUCAAUAAUGUCUGUGACAUCCCUAUCAGCCAGCUCCCUCACUCGAUUAUCAAAGGGGAUCAUAUCUCAAUCACCAUUCCAGAGGAUGAAUAUAUGGCGGGCCUUGAAUCGUGUAAGCAUAACCUUCAUGGUCGAAUCAUAUGGCCAAAAGGAGCGACUCUUUUGAAGGUGGAGGAUUUGAAAAAGAAACUUUCUGAUAUCUUGAGCUCUCUGGGUAAAUGGGGGCUCACCUCGCUUGGGAGCAAGGACGGAGCCAGAAAUCUUAACACUACGCCAGAAAUCACUUUUAGCAGCGCAUAG